AUGGUCGCCUUCCUGCCUGUGCUGUCCGCCCUCUUCGGCUGGGUCUACACACUCGCCUGGAGCCUCUCCUUUUACCCCCAGCCGCUGCUCAACUGGCAGCGCCGGUCCACGUCCGGCACCACGGCCGACUUUCCCACCAUCAACGUCGUCGGGUUCGCCGCCUACUUCGUCUCCAACCUCGCCUUCUACUACUCCCCCGUCGUCCGCAGCCAGUACGCCGCCCGCCACAACGGCUUGACCCCGACCGUCGCCUUCAACGACAUCACCUUUGCGCUGCACGCCCUCGUCCUCAGCCUCAUCACCACGUCGCAGUACCUCCUCCGCCCCCUCUGGGGCUUCGAGCCCAGCCCCGGCACCCGCCCCAGCCGCUUCGUCACCGGCAUCAUCGCCGGCUCCGCCCUCGGCGUCCUCAUCACGUGCCUCAUCGUCGCGACGACAACGACGACGCCCUCUUCCUCCGUGGACCCGGCCACCGACUGGUGCGAGCUCGACAUCGUCUACGCCGUCGGCUACGUCAAGCUCCUCGUCACGCUCGUCAAGUACUCGCCCCAGAUCCUCGCAAACUUCCGCAACAAGAGCACCCGCGGCUGGAGCAUCUGGCAGAUCCUGCUCGACUUGAUCGGCGGCCUCUUGAGCUUGGCGCAGCUCGGCAUCGACAGCUACCUGCAGCACGACUGGAGCGGCGUGACGGGCAACCCUGUCAAGCUGGCGCUGGGCAACUGCAGCUUGGUCUUUGACACCAUCUUCAUUGUCCAGCACUACCUUCUCUACCGCGGCAAGGAGGACAGCGACGAGGAACAGAGGCUUCUGCCCGAAGAGGAUAGAAGGCAUCGCGAUUAG